AUGCCGGUGGCACCAGACGCGUCUCGCGGGGAGCCCGCCACUCAAACUACCAGAUUAGAAGGUUCCACCUCUGUUCUUCGAACUGACAGAAUCACUCGAUCGUCGGCGAGGUCAGGAAGUUCCGCUCCGGACAGUACUACUUCAGCUUCGACUCCAUUAUACUCGACGACGGAACCGAUCGUCUACCACUCUACGCCGAUGCCGCCGGAUUACGACUUUGUCCCCAAGGGCAACAUGUGCAUCACCAGGCAUUGUCGCCUAAUGGCCCAGCAAGCCCACCAAACCGUGCAUGCAGUCGUGGACGAGGAUGAGAAGGUACACCUGGGGAUCCGCGUCCCAAAACACAUUUCCACGUCCGUGAGACGCGCCGCAAUCACAUCACGGCUUGACCGCAAGCUCGCGGUUGAGAAGCGCGAUACCGCCUUGGCAAAGCAGUUCGAAGAGAACAUCCUGAAGCUGUUUCCCCAGACCCCAAGGCAGGCAAUUCUGCCCGGCAUCAUCAGCAGGGCGAUGAAGAAAGGGGCCGGACGGGUCGGUAGGACAGGCACCAUAGAGAUUGAGGAAAAGGCCACCCUGGCCGUGCGAGCCCAUAUACGCCACCAGCUCACCGAAUACGACGUGCUCUUACGGAAAGGCGUACAGCGCGACCAGGCGAGGGUAAUCACCGGACCGCAAGUUAACCUGAUCGCGAAGAGCUUCCAGGGGAAGGUGAAGCCUAGGUUGCCACUUGCUAAGAAGAAGGAAAAAUCAAAGGGCAGUGCACGAGCGAAGCCGCGCGGGAGCCAAACGAGAUACCAACUACGCCGAUCAGGCCUUCAAGUAGCAAACCCGGCGACGGAGCAAGGGGCCCCGCGAGCAGCACCACAAGUAGGACACCGAGAACCACCACAGUUGCCAAAAGAACAGGCUGUAGGGCUACGAGAAGAGCUACGAGGAGCGAGCAAUCCGCAAGUGGAACAGCAAAGACGGUCACAGGUAGAAGUGAGCGGAGGACGACAGGGAGGGCAGCAAGCCGGGGAGCAAGGAGGUUCGUCUAGCGGAGUUCGGGCCAUCGCUGGCGCAGCUCAAACGGCGAAACAGGCCGCUCGAGCUCAGAACCGUCGUUAG